AUGGACGUCGCCCGCAGCAUCGCGGCCCUUGUCGCCGCCUCGAAGCGCAAGGACAGCAGGCGCAAAGCCGCAGAGGCAGAGCUCGACACGCUUGCGACAGCCUUGCCGCGGAAGGCCAGCAAGGUGGCCGAGCUGUCCGACAAGUUGGCCUUGUUGGACAAGCUGUUCAACGGGCUGGAGUUUGUACUCGGGGCACUCGCCGGCCGGCAGUGUCGCCCCACCUUCCCGGUCGUGAAGGACGGCGUGGAGCGGAUGACCGGCCGCGACUUCACGGAGGAGCGCCUGGGCCAGGUGUGGGCCGCCGCCGGGGACAUGUUGGACGUCAAGUGGACCGCGGGUGAGCUCGAGGUGUUGCAGCUGGCGGCCGAUGGCGAGGCUCGGGCGCCGCUCGGCGACGAGCAGGCGGCGCGUGCAGGGCAGUUCCGCGACGCCCUCCUCGGCCUCGAGAAGGCCGCGGCGAUCCCGUGCCGGACGCUGCCCGCCAGGCACUCCGAGCCGCGGGGCCCCGCCGCACGCGUGGAGCACGGCGCCCCGCGCCGUGAGCCUGCGGCCACUCCCAGCGCCGGAAACCAGGGCAAGCUUGACUUUCAGAGCCGAGGGGAGAUGCUGAAGGCGCGCAUCCUCGCGCGGGAGCAGGCGGCAGAGCAGCAGGCGGCGUGGGCGGCGCAGGUCUCCGAGGUGGAGCUGAAGCUCCGCGCUUGCGAGGAUGCCCUCAGGGCGCACGCCGUCGUACAGCAGCUCCUGGUCCGCGCCAAGGGUACCGACGCCUGCUGCACGGAGAUAGAGGUGCUCACUGCGCUCUGCGGCACGGCGCGGAAUCGGCGCGCUCUGGACCCCGAGGCGGCCCGGGCGGCUUUGGCGACGCUCGUGGACAGGGCAGCGGACUGGUUCACCAGGGACGUCGGGAAGUUCACUGGGAAGCCGUUCCUGCAGCGCAUACUCAACGGCUCAGGCGCAAAUGCCGCGCAGCAGCUGCGGCUCGACAUCGAGGCGCUGACAUCGCAGCGCCUGGCGUUGCUCGCUGCGGGCCCGGGCGGCGGCACCGGGGAGCCAGACGCCCCGGCGGCAGCGCUCGAGGAGGCAGUUGUGCCCGAGCAGGCCGUGGAGCCGGAGACGCCAGCCGCCAGGCCCAAGCGAGCCAGCGAGGCGCCGAGCAGCGACGCCCGCGGAGGCAGCGGAGGCAAGCGGCGCCGCGCCCCUGCCACCCUCUCCGCCGCGGCCGCCGAGGAGGCCAGGCCCGCCGAGCUCGAGCAGGUGCGUGCGGCGCGGCCGCAGCGUGCGGCGGCGGCCCCAGCGGCGGCGGAGGGCCCGGAGCAGGACCCGGCCGGGGCGUGCAGUCGGCCUCGGCGCGCCGCCGCCGCCGCGGCCUUGGAGCGGAUCGCCGCGCAGGCGGAGAUCGCGCGCCCCAGGGCGAGGACCACGGGCGCCACGCGCGGGCGCGGCGCGCCGGCAAGGGAGCCGCGGGCCCCAGAGGCACGCCGGAGGAUCCGCGGGAAGUCGGCGGGCGCAGUGGCGGCAGAUACCGAGUGGGCGUAG